CUCCUGCUCAUCAUAGCCAUCACCUUUCCCAUCCCUCCCCACACGAGCUAAGCGCACACAGCAACUGCCACAGAUCCACGCCAGGAAGGGCUCCAUCGGCGUCUCCGCCUCACCUCUCUGCAGCAAGCAGAGCAGAGGCAGGCAGGCAGGGGAUGAAGCGCGUGGCGGGGAGCCCGGGGACAUGGAGCGGCAUGGCGCUACGGCUGUCGCAGUGCGUCUUCGCCGCCGCCUCCACCUUCGCCAUGGUCUCGGGCUUCGGCUACUCCAACUACAGCGCCUUCUUCUACUUGAUUGCAGCGUUGAUCCUGCAGCUUAUGUGGAGUUUGCGCCUUGCUUAUAAGGAUAUCUUUGCUCUAAGGAAUAAAAAGGAUCUUCACACCCGGGAUAAUCUAUUGUUCAUUGUUAUAGUUGACUGGGUCGUGGCGAUUUUCAUGUUCUCCGGAUCCUGUGCCUCCGCGAGCCUGACAAUUUUAUUCAUGUGGGAUGUGAACUUAUGCAACGCAUAUUCGCGGCUGGCCUGCCGGCAGUUCGCGCUUUCGGUCGUCCUGGCGUUCAUCACAUGGUUGCUGCAAGCUGCAUCUUCUUUCUCAGGGUUCUGGCUACUGAUUUCAUUCUUCUAGUGAUCUCACGUGCUCAUAAACGCCGUCACGUCAUGCUAAUUGUCAGUCGGAACUCAGGAGGAUAAUUCGGUUGAAAUGUGCCCGGGACACUUGCUAGAUUUCAGUCAUGGGAACGCAUCCUUCAUCACUUGUUAGAUAGAUGGAUUGUCUGUUUGAUAGUAGCUCACCUUUAUUCUAGAAGUUGGUUGUGAUGAUCUGGGAUCCUUAAUAUGAAGAGUAAUAUAUAUGGAGAUAACUCGGCGUCGAAGGUACCUGAAAAAUGCUCUGGUUAUUGUGCAAUGCAAUUUUAUAUCUCUUCAACAACAACAAAAAAAGUCGAAGACAUUUUCGGAAGGAAGUUGUUGAAGAUAUAGGUAUGGAGACCUGGUUCAUAAAUUCAGAAGGAAGCAAUAUAUAUUCGUUGACAGAAAAGUUUUGAUCGUACAUAGUUUGCAACAGCAUCCAUCAAAAUAAGCAUAGCAACUUCUCGAUUAAUAUAAUUAACAGCAUAAAGUUCAUCGCCAGUCUAAAAAGGACAUGUAGGUGACAAUACAAAAUACUACUACUACUCGGUCCAGCAAACGUUGGGAGUCUCACUAACUGCAUGUGUAGAGUGAUCCACAGCAAUCACUCCCAAUUGCCUUGAACAGAAUGUGAGCUCAAGACAAAUCUUCCAAGAAAUUGACUGCCAGGUCCAGGUCCCAUUAAUGUGGAUAAUUAUGCACACCGAACCUGGGAAAGGUGCGCUGCUUCACCACACUACCUUGCCAUACUAAUGCACAUCUAUUCAACGGCUUGUCUGGUUCCUCGUCGUCUUCGUCAUCCACGUACUAGAUUUAUUUGAUAACUGCUCUUUUCAUGCGUUCAGUUCAUCACCAGUCUAAAAAGGACUUGUUGAUGAAGUACUACUCGGUCCAGCAAACGUUGGGACACUAACUUCAUAACAAGUUAUUUGACAGAAAUACAGCAAGCUAGCUGCCGAGUUCAGAGACCUACGCCAAUUUCUGCGCCAAGACCGUCAAACUGGUUGCCCCCAAUCCAAGGAUGUGCAAAGCUAAAUGCAGAUGCAGCGGUUUCAGCAGGAAGGAGGCAUGCAGCAGUGGGUGCAGUUUGCAGGGAUCAGCAAGGGGUGUUUCUCGGAGCAUCGGUCAUUGUUGUUAAACAUAUAGGUGACCCAGCUACACUUGAGGCAAUGGCAAUCAGGGGAGCAUUAUCCCUCUCAGCAGAUCUAUAUGUCCAGAACAUCCAUGUUGCUUCAGAUUGCAAGGUGGUGGUAGAUGAUGUGAGGAAUGGCACAUCUGCAGCUUAUGGUUCAGUCAUUAAGGAAAUUAUAGACAGGUCUUCAGAUUUUCUCUUUUGUAAUAUAGUUCAUGAGUUUAGGAGCUCAAAUUUUGAAGCUCCCAAACCGGUUUUACUCCUACGCGACCGACCGCUAGAGCGCUCGAUCCUAAUCUUUUCUCCCCCCCUAUUCCAACUGUGGGGGCCCGGACGCGUGGCACUUUUCCCCCUCAAUUAAACAAAACAGGAAAGAUUAGGGCCUGUCUGAAAUCGGCCGCUGAAACGCGCGCGCGUCAGAUAGCAACGCCCCUCCCA